AAUUGCUAGGGUUUUGCUGUGGCGAUGGAGCGGCAAAGGGGACGAUUUCGUGUUCUUUAAGGUAUGGUCGAUGGCGAUUGCGGACGCAAUGCCGGUGGCGGCUGGGUAAUCGCGCAGCGGUGGGGCAUCCGUGAUGAUUUCCCGAUAAUUGUCAUCGAAUUCGACCAAAAUGAUGACCCAGAGUCGAGGAUUUCGUGGAGGGAGAGGUGAUUUUGGAGCUGAUGAUGAUGGGAGUGAGAGGAUCCAGAGGCCGAGCACUGCAGAUAGUUACUACAGGCGUCCGCGAAGCGAUCUCUCUGACGGCCAGUUUGGGAACUUGGAUUUCAAGCCGAAAGGAACCUUUGGAAGUGAUGGUUUUCAAAAUGCGAGCGGUGGUGGAAGGUUUUGGGGUGAUCACAGGGGUGGCUUUGGAAAUGCAAGGGGCGGUGGAAGGUUUUGGAGUGAUCAACGGGAUGGCUUUGGAAAUGCGAGGGGUGGUGGAAGGUUUUGGGGUGAUCAAAGGUGUGGCUUCGAGAAUCCUGGCUUUCAAGAUGGUGGCCAACGCUUCACAAGGUUUGAGAACUUUCGUGGCGGAAGAGGAGGAAAUGCUAAUCCUCGUCAAGGUGGUAGCAGCCACAACAACAGUUAUGGAAACUUCCGACGUGAAAACUACGCAGCUCAGAUAUACGGGAGUGGCAAUAUCCAAAGCUCUCGCGGUUCCGAGGACUACUACAAAAGAAAUGGCGCAGGCUCCUUUGAGAGGAAUCCUUAUCGAGGCAAUGGAAGAGGGAACAGCUCUUCCAUUCGUAACGUAAAUAACCAUCAGCAGCAGCAGCGAAGUUUUAACGAGCAAACAAAUUCCCAAAGGUGGACGAAACGUUCAGAUCACGUGAAGAACUCCAAAGAUCACGGACUUUCCCCUCGAAAGAGCGCCGAAACAAGAUCACACGGGGUUUCACACGAAUUUCCUAAAGAGAACAUCAACUCUGAAAGCUUUGGUGAAUUCGGAGAGCCCUCUUCUACCAGGGACAGAAAACACUCGCCCGUCAAACUUAGCAGCGACUACCUGCUUAUGCUCUACAGGCAGGCGGUUCUAACACGGGAAAAUGAUGACGACUGGCCUCACAUCGUUGGGAACUGUCCGGAUAUGUGUCCUGCCGAAGAACGGGAAAAGAGAUCACGGCUGAGAGAUCUUGCAGUGUUCGAAAGGCUGGACAGCAAUCAGAGCAAAACAACGAAAGAGCUAGCUGUGAAAAAGUUCUGUAGGACUUUCUCCGGAAAGUCUCUAAAGGAGUCUGACGUACGUCCACUGCCUGUUUUGUGUCGUACAAUGAUGCAUUUGCUUCACAUUCUGGACGUGGACGACUAUCCUUUUGAAGUGGUGCAUGAUUUUCUCUUUGAUCGAACACGGGCUAUUCGUCAAGAGCUAAGUAUGCAGCGGAUAACCGACAAGCUGGCUGUCUCCGUUUACGAAAACAUAGUGCGUUUCCACAUUGUGUCCGAACGUGAAUUGCGGCAACUGAGGACAUCUGGAAAAGUUUUUGAUUCCCAUCUAAACCAACAACAACUCUCGAAAGCUCUUCUAAGCCUUCUUAAUCUGUAUUUAAUUCUUGGAGAUAGCAGCAAAAGCCUCGAGAACGAGGCUGAAUUUUACAGCUACUAUGUGCUUCUUAACUUGGGUCAGCCCCAACAACUUACACUAUGGUUUCAGAGUGUCAGGCCUGCGCUGCUGAAAUCAUCUGAUGUGGAGUUUGCACGGAGCGUUUUAAGGUGUUACCGUCAAGAUAACUUUCGGGGUUUCUUCCGGUUGGUAACCAAGGCUACGUAUUUGCAAGCAUGCUUGAUGGAACUCUAUUUUAAUGAGGUCCGUGCGUCUGCAAUAAAAAUGAUAAACUACGGUGCCUACAAACUUCAUCCCUUUCCUCUUUCUGACAUCGCGGAAUUGCUGCUAAUGACAGUGUUUCAGGUAGAUGAUAUGCAAGAGUUUUGCGCGCUGCACGGUGUUGCUGUCUCGAACGAUGCACACCUACUUGCGAAGCAAAGCGAGUUUACGCCUCCCCAACAGCUCGUGAGGCAGUAUCUCUGCCAAGUCAUCGAAGAGAAGCGGCCAGCGAAGUUUCAAGAACUAUGCAGCGACUUAACUACGAUAUUCCAGUAACGACGCUUACGAUCUAACUUGGACUUCCGUAUCGAUCAGUGAGUACAGGCUGCAUCGUUUUUGUCCUGGCUGAAAGGACGACGAUUCACGAAUAUAUUCUAGUUAAAAGAGCAGGCGGAUCCAGUGCGAAAGUAUAUACAAGACGAGUGGAGCUAUCAUGGAUUAUCAUACGCAUAGAAAAGAAAGGUGGACGAGCAAAAGAAUGGCAUAUAUUCUGCGUCACGUAGCCGAGAAUAUAGACAGGCCUCUGGCAAAAGUUACAGGGAUUGAGGCCCCUGAUAUCUCAUUUGGAAGACAUAUCUGCGGGGAAAUCCUUCGGUUUCAGAGAGGAAACGUAUUCUGUCCAACUAAUCGCGCUAUACGCGUUGGAUAGCGGACAAGCUGGAGCUCCUAUGGAGGUAUGCAGCAGCAGCGCGAUAGCGUAUUUUUUUUUCGGUUUGGGUUUUUGGACCACCGCUCCACGCGCCUGCUAGCAACAACAACCAUCUUGAAUGAACUGUUGCUUUACAACCUUGCAAGGCAAUUAUUCGAGAGCGGUGGAGGCCUUCUUGAGAUCGCUCUUAUGUGUGUAUAUACUCAUUCUCAGCAACAGCUUGCUUCUAGAAAAUGGGAAAUGCCAGAGAAGAAGAAAGAGGGAGAUUUAUUGUCAAAGGCAAAAGAGGUUUUAAGAUUCUCCUCCUCAGCUUUUGGGCAUUAUGGACGAGCACAAAAGGACAGUGGAAGUUGAACCUGGGCCUUCCAAAGAAAAUCGUUUUCACCUCUCAUUCCAAUGGAAAGGAGUUAAAAAUCUGGAGGAAAAAAUCCCAGGGUAAAGUAUUUAAGGUGGAGGAAACAGAAGAAUAGUACUUGGAAGAUCUUGACAAGAACAAGAAUAAGCAGCCAGGCAGUCCAGCCAGCCCCUAAAAGAAAAUAAUUCUUCUUGGUUGUGCACAAACAACAACACAGAGUUAAACAAAUACAAAGACCAAUCAACUUGAGUAAUA